UCCCACGGUACUUGUAGCCAAUUUUCCUUCACCGGUACACUUCUGCUAGCGUAACCAGUGCCAUAGUACGUGAUGUGACGUAGUUGCCAGGACCUCCGGAGGUUAUAGUGAAGGGGUACCCAUCGCUCCAUCGUCGUCUCAUACCUAAUUCUUCACCACACCUCCAAUAGUACGUACAUCCCAGCCGUCAAUUGACAACAACUUACUGACUUUUGACAGUGGUGACUUACAGUAAACGAGACCAACGCCAAACAGAGAAGGGGGUCUCAUGGAGCCAAUCAUUGGCCAGAAGAGGCAGGAAGAACCGCGCUAGUAGCCGCACUAGCACCGGUCUCAGUGAAGGAUGCUCAAUGAGCACUCCUUCAGGGAUCUCCCAUCCCUCACAGUCUCAGCCCUAUUCUCAGCCAUCAAUCCUUCACCAAAACAACAAUACUUUCACCGCCAUCAGCCCCAACAACUCCUCCAAUGACGCACUGUUUGUGAGUGGAGGUUCCAGCAAUGAUCCCAGCCGAAGUAUCUUCGAUUCUGAUGAGUUUGACAACGUUGGAGCGGGUGACGGUGAAGGAGAUAGCUGGACUGAAGAGGAGGAAGAGGGCUUAGAGGAAGAGCAGAUUUGUGAGCUGAGGGAUGUGAAUGAGGAGGUGGAUGGGGUUGAGUUUCUGGCUCGUUGGAGGGUUUUCUGUGGCAAGGAUAGAGUCGGAGCAAUGGAAAAUACUGAAGAAGAUUCACGUGAGCUUGACCUACAGUGCCUGUUUGUAUGGGUGAAGGAGCAGAUCCAAGAACAGAGUCCAAUCCCCUAUUCUGUCAACUCCUUCACCGCCACCGUCUACUUCACUGGCCAAACAAAGGACACCCGAUGGGUCCAAACGCUCCGAGAAGACCGUCCAGAAUCCCUCCGUCGACUUCUUCACUGCCUCCGCCAAAAACUUGUCGAACAGCGAAGCCUCCGGUCCCACAAGGAUCUCAUGGUGGACUUUGAUCUUAUACUCCGACCCUCCGCCACCACGGGCAUGACUCCGGGUGGACAGGGGCAAGGACCCGGGUCCUCCCAACGGCAAACUGCGACCAAUCGUCAAGAACAAGCCCUGGGGGAGGGUAGGGCAGUGCUCAUGGGUACCGAAGGUGUAGGAUUUGACAUUAUCCUUCACUGGAAGUGUACUUCAUUGUACUGCCAUAACUACAAUAAGACCUGCUGGGCACCUUCUGGGGAUGCUCACCGAGUAGAAGAUCACCACAAAGUACCUCAGCCAGUGGCGGAGAUAUGGGCAAGGGAGGUGAGGCAGGGCAUGUGUACUGUGAAUGAGCCCUCAGAGAACAUCAGAGGCCUUCUUGUACAGGAGAAAGCAAGGUCCAGGGCACCCAGAAACCUCACUGUUGAUGCUAUCGCUGUGUCACGAAGAUGCUACGAGUAGGCCCUUUACGACUCGCUGGGAGUCUAAAUCAAUUACUACGUACGAUAUCUAAGUAGGUACAAGACGUUGUGUACCGAACAGAACUCUACCAGCAAUAGUCUAUAUACUUACGUGUGGGUUCGUUCGGUUACCGGUUAAUAAUCGGAACUGAGGUGGAUAGGUAUCGGGGUUGCAAGUCCCAGAGCAGGGCUUGCAG